ACAAAAAGUAUCAAUAGCUAAUUCUUGUGAUUUUUUUCUUAAAAAUUUCAGUGAUAAAAAAAAAAAUGCCAGGAAUAGCUUCCCCUUCCACUCCACCUCCACAACAAUCGGCGGGAUAACGGACUUCCUGCCUUAACCCAUCCAUCACUAUUUUCUAACUGUCAACAAUACUUCUUCUGUUCCCUUCCUUUUCUUCUUCCCCUUCUCCUUCUAUUAUUAGCUUCCUGAAAUCUGCAAUCAAAGCGCAUCUCAGUUUCUGGAUUUCAGAAGAAGGUCAGGGAAACCAUAGCCGGGGAGGAGAAGGGGUAAAAGAGCAGAAGAGGCGGAAAAAACCCACCGGAUUUUGAUUUUCGCUUCGCCGGUGUGCAGUGGCGUGCGCUCUGGCGAACAGAAAACAAAAUUUCAUCGCUAAUAAUUGAACUAUAUUCUUCGGCAGAUUUCAGUGUCCAAAGGGAACGUAACUCUAUUGGGUCUCUCAAUUCAAAGAGAUGGAUAGGUGGGUCUCGCUGAUUGGAAAUCUAACGACGAGCAGAGUCGCCAAACACAAUGGGGAAGGAGGUUUCGUUUAAUUGGGAAGCUGCUGUCUUUCCCCUUUGCCCAAACAAGGGUUGGCGUCAGUUCUGCAAAAUUCCAUCCCAACUCCCAAGCAUUUUUGUGAUUUGGGAGGGGUUUGUGGAUAAUUUUUGACAAAGAAAGAAAUUCUUGCAAUUUGGUUUUUGUUUUUGCGAUUAUUGCUUUGUUCUUGUUGAAUCGUUAUACAUAACGAAGAUUAUCAAUGGAGUCGAGUGAUGGGUUUGUAUCAAAAGAACAACUGGAGCUUGCGAAAUCUGCUCCGGAAAGUACAGAUCCUUCAUCUGUUUCUUAUAUGGAUGGACAUCCUAAGAAAGGUGCUUCUGGAGGGAAAGAAACAUGGGGUGGGUUACAUGAUCCUAAAGAGGAUGCAUCAUUGUACAAUAAUGAUCCAAACUAUGAUAGCACAGAGGAACAAGAUGGAGAUCAAACAAUAAAAGGAACCCCAAGAAAACUAGACGGCUAUAAAAGGAAAGCUACUGUUAUAGUGGAAGAAUACUUUGCAACUGGCGAUGUUGUAUCAACAGCAAACGAACUGAGGGAACUAAAGUUGCCCAGUUAUAGUUAUUACUUUGUCAAGAAACUAGUGUCCAUGGCAAUGGACCGACAUGAUAAAGAAAAAGAAAUGACUGCUGUUCUUUUAUCCGCUCUCUAUGCAGAGGUCAUCGACCCUUCCCAAGUUUAUAAAGGUUUCAGAAAAUUGGUGGAAUCUGCAGAUGACUUGAUUGUAGACAUACCCGAGGCAGUCGAUGUUCUUGCCUUGUUCAUAGCCAGAGCUGUGGUCGAUGACAUACUCCCCCCUGUAUUCUUGAAAAAGCAACUCGCUUCUUUACCUGCAGAUUCUAAAGGGAUCGAUGUGUUGAGAAGAGCUGAAAAGGGUUAUUUAGCAGCUCCGCUCCAUUCUGAGAUUAUUGAGAGAAGAUGGGAAAGCAACAUGAAUAAAACGGUUGAUGAUGUGAAGGUAAAAAUAAGCAACUUGUUGGUAGAGUAUAUAGCAAGUGGUGAUACGAAGGAGGCUUGCAGAUGCAUCAAGGAACUGAAAGUUCCCUUCUUUCACCAUGAGAUAGUCAAACGAGCCCUUGUUAUGGCUAUGGAGAGACGGGCAGUCGAAAGCCGGUUGCUAGAUUUGCUCAAGAAAACAGCUGAAGAAGGUCUGAUCAAUUCCAGUCAGGUCACAAAGGGGUUUAGCAGGAUGAUAGAUGUUGUUGAUGAUUUGUCGCUUGACAUUCCAGAUGCAAGAGGGAUUCUGAAAUCCUUGAUAUCUAAUGCCGCAUCAGAAGGCUGGUUGUCCGCUUCUUCUUUGAAAUCACUCUCACCACCAUCUCCAAAAGAAUCUGUGGAAGGUGCUGCAAAGAAAUUCAAGAUGAAGGCACAAUCCAUCAUUCAAGAGUAUUUCUUGUCAGGUGAUGUAGCAGAGGUGAGUGAUUGUAUUGAAUUUGAGAACAGUUCUUGCUCGCCUGACCUAAAUGCCAUGUUCAUCAAAAGGCUAGUGACUCUAGCAAUGGACAGAAAGAAUCGGGAGAAAGAAAUGGCUUCUGUGUUACUAUCUUCUUUAUGUUUCCCUACAGACGAUGUUGUGCAUGGAUUUGUAAUGCUUAUAGAAUCUGCAGACGACACUGUUUUAGAUAACCCAAUUGUAGUCGAGGAUCUUGGAAUGUUUUUAGCUAGGGCUGUGGUGGAUGAAGUCAUAGCCCCACAACAGCUGGAGGAAAUCGGUAGUCAAUUCCUUGGCACGGAGUCUACAGGGAACAAAGUCCUCCAAAUGGCCAAGUCCUUGCUAAAGGCUAGGCUUGCUGGAGAGAGGAUCUUGAGGUGCUGGGGUGGUGGAGGAAGCAGCAGCAAGAAUGGAUGUGCGGUUGAGGAUGUCAAGGACAAGAUUGGCAAGUUGCUGGAAGAGUUUGAAUCUGGUGGGGACAUAAGGGAAGCUUGCCGUUGCAUUAAAGAACUCGGGAUGCCCUUUUUCCACCAUGAAGUGGUGAAGAAAGCACUGGUGAAAAUCAUGGAGAGCAAGAGUGAGAAGCUGUGGGGUUUGCUUAACGAGGGGUUUCGUUCUGGACUCAUAACGUCGUAUCAAAUGACGAAAGGUUUCGGGAGAGUUGCGGAGUCUAUGGAGGAUUUGAGAUUGGAUGUCCCUGAUGCUGAGAAACAAUUCGAGUACUAUAUCGAGAAAGCUAAACUCACAGGGUGGCUGGAUUCAUCAUUUGGAAUUGGUCCUACUACCAAAUCAAGUUUUGUUAAGGAGAAUGGCAUAAAUGUAUGAUUAACAGGUUUUUGGUUUCGCGGUUGGGUUUUGUCAAUGAAGAUUCCAUAAUCCAUCAAAUUGCUACGAAGAGAACUAGCUGGAUUUUGUUUGCUUGGUUUGUCUUUCAGUUUCAGAGUUCUUUUUUGGUCUUCUGUGACACCAUCUAGGAUUUAGCACACCUUUUACAUUAUUUCAAGGAAAAAGAGUACUUCAUGGAAGAGAACAUUACAAGAUGGAACUGGAACCAUCUCUAUGUUGCUAACAUUUAUACAAUAGACUGAGAGAUAGGUGACAAGCUUCUCGAUGGAGGUGACAAAUGCGUCGAGUUACUGGGUUGAUGAUAACGUGGUUCGUGGAUUUUCGAAGAUCAAUAGUAUUCUUUGAUAUGGUUUUGGAAGUUAGUUUUGUCUAAAACUUGAGCGCAAUUACAAAACAACAGCAUUAAGUGGAUUGAUCGCGGUAAAGAAGAUAUUAAUUGGAUUGUUUGUGAAUUAGGUUGGGUUGUUAUUUCCCGCUGGUAAAGAAGAAAAAGUGACGGAAGAAAUAGUAACCUUUACAUUCACUCGUCACCAAUAGUCACCACAAGAGCAUUUCCCAUCUUCAAAGCGAUGAAACCGGUUAUUAUCCCUCACAAUGAUCACUCUCCCACUGCACUUCGACAUAAACUUGAUCGCAGUAUGGCAAUCACCACACACUCGAAGGUUCUUCAUGAUCCGAAGCGGCCUAUCAUUGUGUGGGAAAACAAUGAGCGCGAAUGCAAUUGCUAUCCUUUCACUGUGAUACCGAAUCGUCUGCUGCUUCUCUUCACCACCCACUGCUCGCAGCACGAAACUCGUAUCGGCAACAUAACCAGCCUUCUCCAUCUCCUCUCCCAACUCCUCCAGCUUCUCGUAUAUCUCCUUACUCCUCGCAUGCCCUCUAUCCCCUGCGGCAAAAGUGUGCACUUUGUUCCCUUCCUCCACCCAACUCAACCCUGUUUCCUUCUUCACGCCUUGGUCCCUAAGCAUCUUCCGAGCUCUAGCUGCAUCCUCGUAGCGACCAGCAGCUGCGUAUGAAUUUGACAGUAUCACGUGUAACCCUGGGCUGACGUUCCCCAGCUGGAAGACUCGAUCUGCUGCAUAUGCUGCCAGCUCAGUGUUGCGAUGAAUUCUACAUCCUGUCAUGAAUGCUCCCCACACGGAUUCCGUGGGCUCGAUGGGCAUUCGGUUUAUGAUCGAGAGUGCUUCCUGCAGUUUACCCGCCCUGCUGAGCAAAUCAACCAUGGAUGAGUAAUGCUGAGCACCUGGCUCGAUCCCAUAUCUCGUCUUCAUGAGCUCGAAGUAGAAUUCCCCUUCCUUGACUAGCCC